AUGGAGGAGAUCGGAAUUGACCUCAAGCUCGAGGACCCCACCCUCCCCGCCCAGAUCUCUGACAAGCAGGCGCUCUAUGCGACCCUGCCUGCGUCUGAUGACGAGCUCUACACCACUUGGAGGAAGCUCGAGGCACACCGCGAGUUCCUCCAGCUCCAGGAGGACUACAUUCGUGAUGAGACCAAGAACCUCCGCCAGGAGCUUCUCCGUGCUCAGGAGGAGGUAAAGCGCAUCCAGUCGGUUCCCCUCGUCAUCGGCCAGUUCCUCGAGGCUGUGGAUGAGCGCCGUGGUAUCGUUGGAAGCACUACCGGCUCCAACUAUGUUGUGCGCAUCCUGUCCACCCUCGACCGCGAGCUCCUGAAGCCCUCGUCCUCUGUUGCCCUCCACCGUCACUCCAACGCGCUCGUCGACAUUCUUCCCCCCGAGGCUGACUCGUCGAUCUCUAUGCUUGGCGCUGACGAGCGCCCCGACGUCAAGUACUCGGACGUCGGUGGCCUCGACCAGCAGAAGCAGGAGAUUCGCGAGGCCGUCGAGCUUCCCCUUGUGCAGAUGGACCUUUACCGCAAGAUCGGUAUUGACCCUCCCCGUGGUGUCCUCCUCUACGGUCCUCCUGGUACUGGAAAGACCAUGCUCGUUAAGGCGGUCGCCAACGCGACCACCGCUUCGUUCAUUCGCGUUGUUGGUUCGGAAUUCGUGCAGAAGUACCUCGGAGAAGGUCCCCGUAUGGUGCGCGACGUGUUUAGGCUGGCAAGGGAGAACUCGCCGUGUAUCAUCUUCAUCGACGAGGUGGACGCUAUCGCCACCAAGCGUUUCGACGCCCAGACGGGCUCGGACCGUGAGGUCCAGCGUAUUCUUCUCGAGCUUCUCAACCAGAUGGACGGCUUCGACCAGACGACCAACGUCAAGGUCAUCAUGGCCACUAACCGUCAGGACACUCUUGACCCCGCCCUGCUCCGUCCCGGUCGUCUCGACCGCAAGAUCGAGUUCCCCUUCCCCUCGCGCCGCGAGCGUCGUCUCAUCUUCCAGACCGUCACCUCGAAGAUGAACCUCGGCCCCGACGUCGACCUCGAGGACUACGUCUCCCGCCCAGACAAGCUCUCGUCUGCCGAGAUUGCAUCCAUCUGCCAGGCCGCUGGUCUGCAGGCUGUGCGCAAGAACCGCUACGUUAUCCUGCCCAACGACUUUGAGGAGGCCUGGAAGUCCACGGUCAAGCGUUCAGAGGACAGGCACGAGUUUUACAGGUAG